UAAGACGGUCACAAAACCUUAAGGGAUAAUGCUAAUCGCUAUAUUAAUUAUUUUCUUUACUGGACGUUUUUAAGUGUCUUUUGUGUGUCUGUCUUUUGUUCAUCAAAUUAAACUAGAACAGAGAUGCUCAAUUUUGUGUCUGUGUCGAGUGUUUAUGUCGCUGUUAAGUUUGAUAAGACGGUCACAAAACCUUAAGGAUAACGCGGUUAAUUAUUAUUUAAUAUGACAUGUAUACUAUUUUUAACAAAAUAUGUUGUCAAUAGAUAGAUAGUCACAAAAAAUGACUAAUAUCUAAUCUUUUACACCUCAUGAGUUCUCAUGAAAUUAGUACUUUAAUUAGUAAUAUCCUAUGAGAAUAUGUUUUUUGUUAUAUUUAUUUCUAAAUUUAAAUUGUAUGCGUUUUUCAUUGUACUGAGUAAGACCAUAUGCUGUAAACAUCUUGUUCUAUUCUUUGACCAUUUAAGUACAAAUCGUUGAAAUACCCAUUAUUACAGUGUAGUAGAGUAUUACAUUAUUAUUCAUAUGAUCUUUUUUGUAUAAUAUUAGUCUUUCAGACAAAACACUGGUUACACCACUUGACCAUAACGUCUGCAGCAAUAGGACAAGAGAUCGAAACAGAAAAUAGCCAUCAAGAUGCCAAAGCAAGGAAAGCCAGAUUCAUUCUGGACCGGCGUCAUGAUGCUGUUUGCCCAGGGGAAAUAUAAAUUUUCCACUGGCCAGAGACCCGGGAGCAGACGUUGGAAGGCAGUGUUAGAGAGGAUAAAGAAUUGUCCGCUGACCCCUGCAUAUGGCCUAACGGUCAGAAAAAAAGAUAUUUUUGGGAAAAAUAUUCCCUGCAAAUGUGGCUACCAUGAUUCAGGACAGCACACAGGGACCGCAGCAGGUCCGCAGCAGACAGGGACCGCAGCAGGUCCACAGCAGACAGGGACCGCAGCAGGUCCACAGCAGACAGGGACCGCAGCAGGUCCACAGCAGACAGGGACCGCAGCAGGUCCACAGCAGACAGGGACCGCAGCAGGUCCACAGCAGACAGGGACCGCAGCAGGUCCACAGCAGACAGGGACCAGUGGUAAUACAAUGACAUGCUCCCUUUGUGCUCAGGAAGUGCUCUCUGACCAGUUUACACAGCAUCUGUCAGACUUCCAUGUCCAAGAGGAGUGUGAGCACUGUGGCACAAAGGCCAUGGGUGCUGUCAGGUUAUCAGAGCACCUUGAGAAGUGUCAUGUCUUAACCUCACCUUCAGCCCAUCCCUCCACUACCCCAGCCCAAGAGAUGACACCGACACCAAUCGUCUCUCCCCGAGAUGCUCCAGCUACAGUCUGCCUCACAGCCCAGGAGACGACACCAACCAUCUGUCUCCAAGUUGCUCCUGCUCCUACCCCUCCAACCCUAUCUGAGAUGGCACCAGCGACUCAGAGUGGCACACCACUUCCAUCUUCUCCUGCUUCUGCUCCUCCUCCAGCAGCACCAGGACUACCAGUCCCUCUGCGCUUUCCAGAGGUAAGCCGGGCCAGGUUUUUACCAAAGCCAUUCCUCCGGGUCAUCAAGCCAGGUGAUUUGGAGUGGAUUGCCCACAUUCUCUAUGACGCAAGAGGGCAGCUGAAACAGAAUGUCAGGGAAAAUUGGCACCACCCCCCAAGCCCAAUCAGAUCUGUGGCACCUCCAAACCCACACGAUUACUUUCGUCAGAGGAUGUUCCUGUGGGCACCAAUGCGCAUGUGGGGCAUACCUUUGAAAUGUAAUCAGUGCAACCGAAAGAUGCACCACUCUGGCAUUUACACCAAGGUCAGAGAGGUCAUUGAUGUGGACAGCAAGUACUAUUUAAUAGGGGGAGAUUACCCAAGGUGCAGCCAGUGCAAACUACCUGUCUGUCCUUGGAGUAGUGAUAUUUUAAAGCAACUGGACCCCUCUAACCGCAACAAAUUCCCUGCUGUGUUGACUACACAUUUGGCACUGGACAGAAAAUGUGUGACACUUUUGCGUCCUAGAACAGCAGGGAAUAGCUCCAGUUACCUGCAGCAGGCCUUUCAAGAGGCACACAGUGAGGAGUGGGCCAGGAGAUCCUGUGACUAUUUCACAGAUUGUGAAAUUCACAAAAGAUCCUGCCUGAAGCAGUCCCAGGCUGUUUAUUCCCCGCCACCACCCUUCAUUCCCUUGCCCCUGGCCCAGUGGUUUGAGACAGUGCAUGCCAACGAUGUUGUCGGCCACCUUGAUGAACUCAAAGGUGUCAUCACUUCAACGUUUGGCAGAAUUCUGAAGCUCGAUUCCACUAAGAAGGUGACCAAAAAACUGGCUGGUGGUAUUGAGAACACGGCAACAUGGAUGACCAAUGUUGGGAACGAGUAUGGUCAGGUCCUCAACUCUGUCCUCACAACCGGCGAGGGGGCUGGACUGGAUGACCUGUGCCAAGGGAUCGUCCAACGGUACAGGGAUGCUGGUGAGCCACAGCCAGCCGCCAUCUAUGUGGAUAGAGACUGUUGCAGUGACAGAGGGGUGAGCCCAGUUCUCCAUUGGUUUCGGCCAUGGACGUCCACUGUGCGGUUGGAUGUGUUCCACUUUAUGAGGCGAUUCACCAAAGGUCUCAUCACGGAACACCAUCCUCUCUAUGGUACGUUCUGCUCCAAAUUGUCGAGCUGCAUUUUUGAGUGGGAUUACCAGGACAUCAGUAAUCUGAAGGAGGCGAAGCGGUCAGAGCUGAGGCAAAAGCAUCAGGGCUAUGAGCCAACAGAUGCCCAGGUGUUGGCGAGCAUCAGCCCUAAAGAACUAGCCAAGCACUGCCGCAGGAAAACCCGGGGAGUGGAGGAGACCCGUGCCCUCAUCAAAAGUCUCCUUGACUCCAUGUGGAACCUUGUGGACGGCACUGGGCUACACCUUAUUAACCACGAGCGCAUGUCUGAAGUGUGGAAGGUACAGCAAAAACACCUUGCCUGCAUCCAGGAUCCACCAGGAGUGCAGCUUUAUACUAAUAUUGGGUCAGGGCUGGAGAAAGGAGACAAGACACUGGAUGUUCUAAGAUGCGCCAGAGGGUCCUCCUCUUUGGAAAGCUUUCAUAAGCACCAGUGUGCUUUCAUUCCAGGGUGGAGAUGCAAUGCAUUGCACACUCAGAUGUACAUGCUUGAGGGUGUGUCAAGGUGGAAUUUAAACCGGUCAGCACAAGCACUUUCAAUGACUGAGACAUCCAGGACAAAGCUGUAUGACAUUCGUUUGAUGUCCAAUGUAAAUGCGCUCAGCAACAAAGUCUUGGGAAAACCUCUUCUUCCAGAGUUUAUCCCCCCUGGGAAACCUACAGGAGAGCGAAUUGCUGUUGAAUAUCUUCUGGCACAAUCCAACAGAGGAGAUCUUCUGAGCCAGCAGACUGGUAAUGCUGACAUCCUGCCUGAGAUCUUGGAUGAAGACCUUGAGGAUGAAUGUCCUGAUGUGACCGUACCACAGGCUCAUGACCUCACAUUGCAGCAAUUUGGAAGCGGUGGCCAAAGGCCCAGACCAGAUCCCAGAUCCCCACUGGAGGAGGGUGAUGCAUCUGCUGGGCCCGUCCACUACCCACUGGAGGAGGGUGGUGCAUCUGCUGGGCCUGUCUACUCCUCAUUGGAGAAGGGGGAUGCCUCUGCUGGGCAGGUCUACUCCCCAUUGGAUGAGGGCGAUGUCUCUGCUGGGCCCGUCUACUCUCCAUUGGAGGAGGGUGAUGCCUCUGCUGGGCCCGUCUGCUCCCCAUUUGAGGAGAGAGAUGCCUCUGCAAGUCCCGUCCACUCCCCAAUUGAGAGUGAUGCCUCUACCAGGACUGUCCUCGCCCCAUUUGAGGAAAGUGGGUUCGUCACUCCAGCUCCGGACACCAGGUGUGAUGCCAGAGGGAUUCCUGGAUGGGAGGCAGUUGAUGCCUUGGCAGGUUACCUGGUUGGCCUUAACCGAACCAUAACAGCACUCUCCAAUGCUGAAGUGGCAGAGAUUUUGAGGUUAUACUCUCAUCUAAGUGCCUUUGACAAGACCCCCACCAGUUACUCCCUCAAGAGCAAAAAACAAAAUUUGUCAGGACCUUGGAGGGCUUCAAGAAAACGCAGUGGCUCUGCUCCAGGCCAGCAAGCAGCUGAGAGAUUGUUCAUGGUCCAUGGUCAGGCUGCUCACAGACCAGACAAGAACCGAAUUUCUGAAUGUGUUGCUCUCAAGUUGUACAAAGAGUACAAGCAACCCAGAAAUAGGCCAAAGGACAAUAAAGGGAGGAGAUUUGCCAUACCCCAGUCCAUUGUAAUGACCUACUCACACAUCAAGCAGCUAGUUGAGUACUGCAAAGAGAUCAUGAACAGGACUGACCUCGUACUGGUUAAUAUUAACAACACCACAGUGUCCGACUGGCUGCAAGAUUGCUCUAAGACAUCAGAAAAGGGUUCUUUACUUCAGGGCGUGCGGCUUCCACGGCAGAUUGCCGUGGCUAAAGAAUCCCUCCUGGAGGUUCGUGACCUACCAUCACAGCCAGUUCAGCAUGGACACACUCCUUUGGAGUUCCAGGAGCCUGAAAACCGUGAGGGUGAGGCAAAAAUCCGCAGGCGAAACAGUUCCAGAACACCUGCUUUUCCACACAGUGGUGGGGAAGAAGCAAGUAUUGCCCAACACGAUGCUGCUUCUUCUCAAAACAUCAGUACGGAGGGCUGGUCCUCUGCCAACCAGCCAUCCCCAACACAGUACCAGAGCUGGUCUUCCUACCAGGCGCCCCUGGCACACUCUCAUGUUUGGUCCUCCACCCACCCACAACCCUCAGCAUCCUCCCAGGGCUGGUCUGCCACCCAACCACCACCCUCAGCAUCCACCCAGGGCUGGUCUGCCCCCCACCCACAAGCCUCAGCAUCCAUCCAGGGCUGGUCUACCACCAACCCACCGCCCUCAGCAUCCUCCCAGGGCUGGCCUGCCACCCAACCACCACAAUCAGCAUCCUCCCAGGGCUGGUCUGCAACCUACCCACCACCCUCAGCAUCCACCCAGGGCUGGUCCUCCAACCAGGGCUUGUCUGCAACCCACCCACCACCCUCAGCAUUGACACAGGGCUGGUCCUCCAACCAGGACUGGUCUGCAACCCACCCACCACCCUCAACAUCCACCCAGGGCUGGCCUGCCAACGAACCACCACCCUCAGCACUCUCCCAGGGCUGGCCUGCCACCGAACCAACACCCUCAGCAUCCUCCCAGGGCUGGCCUGCCACCCAACCACCACCCUCAGCAUCCUCCCAGGGCUGGCCUGCCACCCAACCACCACCCUCAGCAUCCUCCCAGGGCUGGCCUGCCACCCAACCACCACCCUCAGCGUCCUCCCAGGGCUGGCCUGCCACCCAACCACCACCCUCAGCGUCCUCCCAGGGCUGGCCUGCCACCCAACCACCACCCUCAGCGUCCUCCCAGGGCUGGCCUGCCACCCAACCACCACCCUCAGCGUCCUCCCAGGGCUGGCCUGCCACCCAACCACCACCCUCAACAUCCACCCAGGGCUGGUCAUCCACCUCUUUCUGUCCUGACCAACCUAGGCUCCCUCACCAAGCACUAGAUCCCUUCAAGCGCCAGCGUGAAUGGCGGUUACGCAGGGCAGAACUUGAAAACCAGGAGAGAGUGAGGAAAGGUGAGCCCCCAAAGGUCAGAAAGGCAAAAGAGAGCUAUCACUAUGAGUGUAAGCUGUGUGGUCAGCCUAAAUCAAAGCAAACUGGACACUCACAGGUACGAGGCAAAUGGUACUGCCCUGCAUCUGGACAGACCCUUGAGGAGUGGAGAAGCUCUUUGUAAAUAUAAGAAAUUCAUUCUUUUUUAUUUAUACUUUUAUUAAUCAUAUUUUUUAUUUAUUUUAAUAUUUCACAAUCACUGUUCAAACCAU